AUGCUUGAUUCAACCCGCCAGCACUUUCAAUUAUCUCCACGUUCCUCCGGUCAGGAUCUAUACACCGCCCUUAUGGAUCGAUUGGGUGUUCUUGAGGCAGAUUAUUUCGAUCUAGAAUACAUUAAUCGGGAUGGCAACACCUGUUGGUUAGAUCAUCUUAAACCUCUGUGCAAACAGCACAACGCGGAGAAAGAAUUCAUUUUCACUUUCUGCGUGAAGUUUUACGCUCCACAUCCAAAUCUGCUUGAAGAUGAGUUUACGAGGUACCUUUUUGCCCUUCAAAUUAAGCGGGACCUUUACCGCGGUCAAAUUCAGUGCAGUGAAAACACCGCUGCCCUCUUGGCUGCUUUCAUUGUUCAGGCUGAAAUUGGUGAUUAUUUGGAGGACACGUUUUUGGAUCGUUCCUAUCUUACGGGUCUGCGAUUGGUUCCUUCAGCGACUCCGGAAUUUCUUGACAAAGUCAUGGAAUGUCAUCGAAGCCUACUCGGUCAAACGCCGACAGAAGCUGAUUUGAGCCUUCUGGACACCGCUAGGAAAGUGGAAAUGUAUGGAAUCCGAUUGAAGCCAGUCAAGGGAUCCGAUGGAAUGCCACUGAAUCUGGCUGUGUCACAUGCCGGUCUUUUCGUUUUUCAAGGCAUCUCCAAAGUAAACACUUUCUCUUGGGCUCGUAUUCGCAAGUUGAGCUUCAAACGCAAAAAAUUUCUUAUUAAACUUCAUCCUGAGGGUUAUGAUGCUGUAGAAUUCUUCUUUGAGUCGCGAAAUGAGUGUAAAGGCUUCUGGAAGCAAUGCAUUGAACAUCAUGCAUUCUUUCGUUGUCAGUCAGUAAAGGCUGUAGGGAAGUCAGCAAAAUCCUCCAAGAACGCUACGCAAGUUGCCUCUGCCUCUUCUACUGGUCGUGUCCACCGGUCUCCGGGUCGUGGAUGCAGUAGUGUCAGUAACCCUUCGCAGCCGAUCCUCUCUUCUGCUGUGUCCAUCAGUUGUGAUGCAAACCACCUUCAUCAUCACCAUCACAUCAUCCAACAACAACAACAACAGACAACGUCGAUAGCACAACAGCCAUCUCAAGUGUCGGCGCGUAGUCUCCCUCUUGCUGGUACUGUAGAUGAUACUUCAGUACCGUCUUUUGUCCAAUUGCCAACAGGCGGCUCCCUGCGUUACCCUCAGAGAGUGAUGCUGGUUGUACCAAGAAGGGCUGAUGGGACAAUUGGAAGGACUACUUCAACGACAACACAGGCUGUUGCAGCGACAGGAGGAGGAGGUUUUCUAGUUAUGCUACCCACGACCAGUGCUGAUCAACAGCAGCAAAAUGCAUGGCUUUCAGCCAUUCAACAGCAGCAACAACAACAGCAACAACAAAGGGCAUUUUCACCGGUAAAUGGAAAAGAGCCCGCCUAUUCAACGUUGCAAACCUCUCUCGUCAUGACUACACAGGCUCCACGCAAUGGAAGCCUUCAGGACGGUAGCAACGUCUGUUCACAGACGUUGAGCCAUCUACCAACGGCACGAGUACUUUCACCCAAUUUUCUUGCCACUUCACAAUCGGGACUUUCCACGGCGUGCACGGUGAUUCCAUCAGCUCAGAGACCUGCGUCUGGAAGAGUCGUCUACGUUGAUAGUGCUACAGGGAGGCUCAUCUCCGACAGCCAGCUGGUUGCAGUCCCGCGGCCCUUAAACAUGGUGGGUAGUGGAUUUAGCUCGGCCCCGGCCUCACAAGCUCCCACUGUUGCCACCUCUCCUAUUGGCGGUCCUUGUGGUAGUUCUACGGCUGUCGCAGCGGCAGCGGCGGCUGUGAUUGGUACGCCUAUUGGUAUCGUUCCACAGGACGUUGUCAACGCUGCUCCCAUCCCCAGUGGUUCAAACACUACCAGCAGUCUUCCUCAGCUUCUUCGAUCUCGUCCGCAUGGACCCCCUCCACCAGCACCUGAGAGGAGAGAUAGUGUGCAACCGCGUGAGCGACAGCUCUCCUCCAGCACUUUGGAUUCUGGCAUCACCUCAAAAUCGGCAUCUCUUUCAAGACCCUCUUUUGAUGCUUCUGCAGGAGGCUUGGAGGAGGAUGAGGAGUUUCCUCCACCACCACCCCCUCCACCAAUGGAAAUGGCGGAUCCUGAUCCUGCUCAUCCCUUCCCAUUCAAUGUCAUACCGGUAGAGGGAGAUUUCUCAACGCGGCGGCCAAUGCAGGCCUCAUGUCUCAGUUUAGCAGCAAGAAGUGUGAGAUCAAGUUGUCAGAGUCUGCUACCCACGGAUAAUGAAGAUCUCGAGGAUGAGGGAGAGGAGUUGGAAAAUUGCUCUCUCGCCCAUCGUCAGUUUGCUUCUCGCAGUGCCAGUCUCCACCGUCCAUUGGCAAAGCGCGAUCGAUGCGCAGAGGCGUCCACCAUCACCCAGGAUGACAUGGCCACUGCACUACCAGCAAACCGUAGUUCCACGAAUUCCUCGGCUGCCGGUAGUGUUGCUGCCGCAACCUCAUCCGCAUCCUCUCGCAGUCUCGUUUCACUCUCCUCAAAAUCCCGUCGUGAUGAUCGGUCUUUGCGCUCCUCCCGACGGGGAUCAAUGUCCGGAAGUUCCAGAAAUCUGCCGAGAGCUCCGGCCAGCGUCGCCUAUCACCUGUUGCGAGAGCUGACAAUGACAGAACGGACGUACAAGAAGGAUUUAGACGUUGUUUGUGAGGUAUGA